AACUACAACCAACACGCGCGACCAGCUUUCAAGUCAUCCCCGCGUUCAGCUCAAAUCACGUCGCAUCGCAAGCAUCGCAUCGCAUGACAACUCCCGGCUACACACGAUAUGUUAUGAUCAUUUUCUUUGAUACGGCUUAGGAUUAAAGAUUAGCGGCGCGCGCAACCCCACGUGCCAGCCCACCAACUCUUCCCUUUCACGAUGAGCGACCUCGACAAGGCCAUUGCGCAGCUGCGCGCAUGCCGACCGAUUCCGGAAGCGCAAGUCCGCGAGCUCUGUCAUAAAGCUCGGGAACUUUUAAUAGAAGAGGGCAACGUCGUCACUGUAUCGGCACCAGUAACGAUAUGUGGUGACAUUCAUGGCCAAUUCCACGAUUUGAUGGAGCUCUUUCGAGUUGGAGGCGAUGUUCCAGAUACAAAUUACCUGUUCAUGGGCGACUUCGUCGAUCGCGGCUUCUAUUCACUGGAAUCUUUCCUCCUUUUGCUCUGCCUAAAAGUUCGAUACCCCGAUAGGAUGACACUAAUCCGCGGCAACCACGAAUCUCGUCAAAUCACCACAGUCUACGGUUUUUACGAUGAGUGCAUAAGAAAGUACGGCAGCGCUAAUGUUUGGCGUUACUGUUGCGACAUCUUUGAUUACCUGGCGCUUGGUGCGAUCGUAUUGGGCGCCUCCAACACCAUGUCGCCUGGGGUGGAACCUGUCGAUGACGAAACUGAGAUCGAGGUUUGCGACCAGAACGGCUCUAUAAUGAGCCGUUUCCCCCGACGUCGGCCAGAUGAUAGCUCGCAAGAUCAGAUCCAAAGCCCAGGUGGGACAGCGAUGGACAAGACAGGCCCCCCAGGAUCGGGCGCUUCAGGGUCAAGCGGUGGCUCGGUGGGAAAUCCAGCCGGAGCAGUGCUUUGUGUUCAUGGCGGUUUGAGUCCAUUGGUCGAUACAGUUGACAAGAUUCGCUUGAUUGACCGCAAACAAGAAGUCCCCCAUGAAGGUGCCAUGUGCGAUUUACUCUGGUCCGACCCAGACGAGAUCGACGGCUGGGGUCUUUCCCCAAGAGGUGCAGGUUUCCUCUUUGGAGCUGAUAUCGUCAAGGUGUUCAACCAUCGAAACGACCUGAGUCUCAUUGCCCGCGCGCACCAGCUUGUCAUGGAGGGAUUCAAGGAAAUGUUCGAUGCUUCUAUCGUCACUGUGUGGUCUGCUCCGAACUAUUGCUACCGCUGUGGAAAUGUUGCUGCGGUCCUGGAACUCUCUGAAGACGAGUCUGGCACAGGUCUCUUUGCCCGUAGCAAUGGUGAUGUUGGCAGAAGUGAUGGCGGUACUGGAGUCAUGAUGGAGGGCGGUAUGCCUCCUAGGAGCGGUCCUGCGCGGCGAUACAGGGUUUUCCAAGCUGCACCACAAGAUUCGCGAGGAAUGCCUGCCAAGAAGCCAGUCGCGGAUUACUUCUUGUGAUAAUCUAUUUUGCCAUUGUCUAUUAUUUUCAUAUCUACCGGCCACAAAUGUGGCUUUGUUUCACGGAAUUAACUUGGGGUUUGGGGUUACGGGCAGGGUAUGGAGUUCGAUAAUAUUCAAAAUUCAUUAUA